CUUCAGUUGGCCUCACGCAUCGUCCUAACUCCUAGCACGCGCACACUGCAUGCACCCCGUCUCCAUCGAUAGAGCGGAGCUGGGCCUCAGCUAGAGCUAGCAUCUCGUCUCCAUCAUCGAUCUGCAGGCAGCCACAGACACCAACACUAUGGCAGUGCACUGGUUCUUCCUUUUCCAGGGUCCCAGCCCUAUGAUAGUGCGAUACGUGUACGCCGUACUUUUUCUGCUGGCCAACUUGUCUGCGUGGCUCACGCGAGAGAACGGCAUAUCAUAUUUCAUAUCGCAGCGGGUCAGCGGCGGCUGUCACGGUGACCGGGGCUGUUUAGCGGCUGAGGCCGUGCUGGUCAUGAGCCAGACCUUCUGUUUAUUUUUCUUCAUCAUGCUAUUAUCCACCGUCUGCACGACCAAGGUGGAUGACCCUAGGAAUUCAUGGCACCGCGGGUGGUGGCCGGUGAAGAUUGCCUUGGUUAUAGGUUGUUUCUCCUUCUCUGUGCUGCUUACAUCCGCUGGGACCCAAAUCUACGGGAAAAUUGCGCAGGUUGGAGCAGGGCUAUUUCUUGUACUUCAGCUUGUGUCUACCAUAAAAUUUAUCACACAGCUGAACUACAAAUUAUGCGUGACCAAUUUUGAAGAAAGGUACCUCUGGGUCGCCGCGAUCUCUGCUACUGCCGUCAUCAUAUCAAUGGGAUUGAUCAUAUUUAUGACCCUCAAGUUCGCACAAUGUUGGCACAACAUGGAGGUCAUUGUUAUCACACUUGUGCUAUUUUUCAUCAUGUGUGUGCUCUCACUAAUGUCCAAGGCUAACAAAUUUUUCAUGGAGCCUGCACUAAUUGGUGGGUACGCUACAUUCAUAUGCCUGCUAGCGAUGACAAGUGAACCCGAGUCAGGCUGUGGCAUGAAAAGCAAAGCAGGCCCAGGUGCUGGUUGGUUAACCAUUUCCUUUUUUGUUUCUGGACUGCUCAGCACCGUUUAUUCUGCCUUUACCAUGGGCACCGGCUACAAAUGUACACGAAGCACGGUGGAGUCGGAAGACGACGUACCAUAUGGGUACGGUUUUUUCCAUUUCAUCUUCUCGGCGGGCUGCAUGUACUUUGGAAUGAUGUUUGUUGCCUGGGACACACAUCAUACCAUGGAAGAAUGGAACGUAGAUAUUGGGUGGAUCAGCACAUGGGUCCAUAUCGCUAGCGAGGCUCUGGUGGUAGUAUCCUACUUAACGAUACUGCUGGCCAGAAUUUUGGGAGUAGGCUGGCUCCAACACUUCCUUGCAAAGAUCUUUGGAACAGAUGACCAGCCGCACAACGAUGAAUCCCAUACGACGACCGAUGAAUCCCAUAUGAUGACCGUGCAUGGUGAUGAACCCCAGACAACGACCGUGCAUGGUGAUGAACCCCAGACAACGACCGUGCAUGGUGAUGAAUCCCAUACAACGACCGUGCAUGGUGAUGAACCCCAGACAACGACCGUGCAUGGUGAUGAAUCCCAUACGACGACCGUGCAUGGUGAUGAAUCCCAAGCAACGACCACUAAUGAUGAUGAAUCAGAGACGAUGAACACGCAUGUCACAUCGCCGUCCUCUUUGUAUCACACAGCGUCACCCUCUUUGCUCUACUACUCCCCCGAGCAAUCACCGACCAAUAACACUGACCAUCAACCUCCUCCGCCGUCGCCGCCUUCACUGUCCCCCCCUCAUACCAUAGAACUGCAAAUGUCCGAGGUACCAAACAUCGGUACCUCUGGCAUGAAUGAAGAGGAUGGCGAUGACUAUAUCAGAGAAUGGGAGAGUGAAUAAUUGGUCGAUCUGUAAUUAAUAACUUGUAUUUCAACAUCGUAGGCAUAUUAAUCAGGUCUAAGAUAUGGUGUAAUAUAGACGUGCCUACGUUGGAGACACGUUUGUUAUAUAGAUCUGUUUGAUUUGAUAAGACAUGUUUCAUGUGUAUUCUUCUAUACAUACUACUCUUGAAGAAAGACAUGUUAUAAUGAUGGAUGAAUGGAA